UAUCAACGUAGACCCGCCUCCUCGAGUGAUUGCAGCCAAUCAGAGGACUUCUUCUGGUUGAUGCAGAGGUCCCGGUCGGUUCGGUGAGGCUCUGGUUCCGAGGCUGUCCACGCGCUUGGAUGCUGCAAGGUGGGCCAUGCCACUUCCGAAAUCUAGGAAGAUUGCCGUUUUGGGCUACAGGUCGGUAGGGAAGUCUUCUCUCACCAUCCAGUUUGUGGAGGGUCAGUUCGUGGACUCGUACGACCCCACCAUCGAGAACACGUUCACCACCACCAUGACGGUGAACGGUCAGGAGUACAACCUGCAGCUGGUGGACACGGCCGGCCAGGACGAGUACUCCAUCUUCCCGCAGAGCUACACCAUCGACGUGGACGGAUACAUCCUCAUCUACUCUGUUACUUCCUUCAAGAGUUUUGAGGUGAUCAGAGUGAUUCAUGAGAAACUCCUGGACAUGGUUGGAAACGUUCAAGUACCCAUCACUUUGGUUGGGAACAAGAAGGACCUACACAUGGAGAGGAUGAUCAGUUUCGAGGAUGGCAGAGCUCUGGCGGACUCGUGGAACGCCACGUUUCUGGAGUCUUCAGCCAAAGAGAACCAGACAGCCGUCGAGGUCUUCAGGCGGAUGAUCCUGGAGGUGGAGAAGAUGGAGGCGGGCCAGCCGCAGAGCCGAACCCCUUGCUCCGUGAUGUAGCCGCCCCCCUCCCCUCGCCGGACAGUUCCGGCGGCUCCUCAGGUCCCGCUCCGCUCUGUGGAUCUUCCUCCCUCUCAGACACACACUCAGGAUCUGCUGCAGACUCCAAGCUCAUGCUUCCACCAUCACACGCUCAACACCGUGCAGCUCGGAGCUCGGCUUUCAUGCUUUUAACAGGAAGCAGCACAUUUUAAAGAGUUUUAUAACCAACCAGUUUAGCUGUGCUCGUUGUGGAGGAUGAAGGUUUACAGGAAACGCGGAGGAGUCGGGAAGCAUCGCCUGAGACAUUCAUUGGACCAAUCAUUGGACGACAUCGGACAAGGACGCUGCAGAAAUCCAGAAACCACUCGCGGUUUCUGUCGCUGGGCGCAGAGAAGCUGCUCGUUAUUAUUUGUAAUUCCUUUCCUUUUAGUUCUGUUUACUACAAACGGCUGAUGUUUUUAAGGUCUAGAUCAGAGGUCUGCAACCUGCGGCUCCAGAUCCACAUGUGGAUCUUUUAUAUCUCUCCAUGGUGGAUCUCUGGCCAAACAUAAAAUAAGUCAUGGAGACUGCUGAUCCAGACAUGUCGACCGUCAGAGUCAGCAGCUCCUGCUAAACCAAAAUUACCUAAAGAAAACAAAUAAACAAAGCCCACAAACUAAGACUACCAACUCAAACUAAAAUAACAAAACCCAUCAGUAUAAGACUGUUGAUAACAAAGAACAAAAAAAGUUAUUUGAGCUUUUGUCCCACGUUUGAAAAAAAAAAAAUAUUUUCAGAGAUGCUAGGUUCUUUUUAUAUUUUUGUUUUUGUUCGUGCCAAAAAUAGACAUAUUCAUAUUUAUUAUUAAAAAAAAGAAGGUCAUGAAUGCAAAUCCAAAUUUCCUAAAGACCAAACUAAGACCAUGCUGCUCCUUCUGGGUUUUGAUCAGUAGAAAUUGAGCCCAAAUGGCUCUUUUGCUGUUAAAGGUUGCCGACCCCUGGUCUAGUUGCAAACUGAAAGAAUACAUGAAUUUAGAGAACAAGAAAGGCAGUCUAGGGUCACCUGCACUAGAGAGGACAGGUCAAUUUAAGCAGGAGCCCCAGCACGGCGCCCUGAGGAACUCCUCUGAGCAACACAUCUACGCAGACAGAAGGAAUAUUGUUAUUUUUUUAUUUAUUUUUUUAUUUAAACCAUGUUUCCUUUUAUAUAUUUAAAGUGCUUGUUUUUUAUGUUUGGGUAAUUUAUGUAAAUGUGCUUGAUUUCCUAUGUUUGGUAAAGACAUAAACCAUUUCUGUUUCAACACUGUUUUAUAUGUGAAGAGAAGAUACUUGACCCGAUUAAAGCUGUAUUCUGCUGUUUGACAGAA